CCAAAAGUGGGACAUGAAAGAUUGAAAAGUCAUUGCGUGAAGCCAAAGACUUUCCAACUGGUAGUAUUAUCAACUCUACGAUUCUCUUUGAUUAAUCGCAUACAUCCUUUUCCUUACCACUUGGAGCACAGCUUCCGUUACACUUCGUUUUUCAAUGUCAAGGUAAUUGGCUCUAUUCUACUUACACAGAUUUCUCCACAAACAAAUUAAAUAUUUUGGUAAAUAUGUCGGUCUUCUUCUUGGAAUGAUCCCUGGAAUUGGAGAGACAGACACGGGUACGACCGAAACUUCUUCUAUCCGUUGGGGUUAUCAGCACCCUGACUGUCACAAACUGUAACUUCUCUGAAAGUAGCAACACCUUCAACAUUGAAUACAAUGUUAACCUUGGUCACCUACAUCAUCUCUUUUCUCCAUCUCCUCCUCCACAUAGCCGCGGUCGAAAACUCGCCUCCAUACAUUCCUACAGAUAAUAUACUCCUUGAUUGUGGUGCACAAUCGAACACAACUUCAUCUGAUGGCCGCAGCUGGGAAGCCGAUUCUGAUCACUCAAAAUUUUCUGCCCCUAACAGGGAAAAUGCAUCUUUUGUUUCCACAGCCUCCCAACAGGACUCCUCUGUCACCAGAAUUCCAUACAUGACUGCACGUAUAUUUCGCUCUGAAUUCACCUACAACUUCCCUGUAUCGCCUGGCCCAAAGUUUCUCCGUCUCUACUUCUAUUCAGCUGAAUUCCCCGGCCUAAAUAUCACCACUUCUUUCUUCUCUGUCAAUGCCAAUAAUAGCACUCUCUUGAGCAAUUUCAGUGCCUAUUUAACCGCUUCCGCUACAAGACCUCCAAUUUCCCACUUCAUCAAAGAAUACAUUAUUACCGUAUGGGGCAAUCAGAUGCUGAGCCUAACCUUUGUACCAUCUCCCAACUCUUAUGCUUUCAUUAAUGGCAUCGAAAUUGUUUCCAUGCCAAGCAGCCUCUACAUGCGUGGUGACGAUGACCAACCGACUUUAGUUGGCUAUGGUUUUUCCUUUCUUUUGCAAAAUACCACCAAUCUUGAGACUCUUUAUCGGCUAAAUGUUGGGGGACAGGAGAUCCGCAACAUAGAAGAUACCGGUAUGUAUCGAACAUGGUCCCAAGAUGGGGCGUAUAUCGACGGGGCCGCAGUUGGGACUGUACAAUCUUUCCUUAACGAUCCGAUCAAAUACACGCCAAAGAUACCGGCUUACACUGCACCAGUGAAUGUAUAUGCCACUGAGCGUACCAUGUUGCAUUUUUGUGAGACUCCGGAGAUCAAAAAAUCAAAUCAGCGUGUGUUUGAUAUAUUUAUUAAUAAUCAGACGGCUGAGAGACAAAUUGAUUUGUUUAAACAGACCGGUGGCUCUGGGAUUCCUAUGUACAGAGAUUAUGUGAUAUUUGCAACAACGCAGCAACUGUGGCUAGCCUUGCACCCUAACAUGGAUUCAACUCCAAAAUUUGCUGAUGCCAUCUUGAACGGGAUAGAGAUUUUCAAGCUGAACAAUUCUCAAGGCAUUCUAGCAGGGCCUAACCCAGACCCUUUGGCAAGUCCUAUAUCUCCUGAGCAGGGGCCCAGGGUACCGAAAAGCUCAAGAAAUAAGAAACUGUCAACAAUUUUUCCGAUCCUUGGAGCUGUGCUUGGUGCUACAACUCUCCUAUCUCUUCUCUCGGGUUGCUUUAUUUUCCAUAGAAAAAGAAGAGCGAAGGACUCAAUAUCUCUCUCUUCAGAGUUCACUAAACCUGAAGACACUUCCUCGUUACUCCCCUCUGAUCUUUGCCGUCGCUUCUCAAUUGUUGAGAUCAAAGCAGCCACUCAUAAUUUCGAUGAACAGUUUCUAAUAGGCACUGGAGGAUUUGGCAAUGUCUACAAAGGUUUCAUUGCUGGUGGUGCCACCCCCGCAGCAAUCAAACGGCUAAAUCCCUCAUCAAAACAAGGGGUCCACGAAUUCCAAACAGAAAUAGCAAUGCUCUCCCAACUCAGGCAUUUUCAUCUCGUGUCUUUAAUUGGCUACUGUGAUGAUCAAGGCGAGAUGAUACUUGUAUACGAGUACAUGCCCUAUGGUAACCUCCGUGAUCAUCUUUACAAUACUGAUAAUCCUCCAUUAUCAUGGAAGUUAAGGCUUGAAAUUUGCCUUGGAGCUGCCCGUGGACUGCAAUAUCUUCAUAGAGAUGCGAAGCAAAGUAUCAUUCAUCGUGAUGUGAAAUCGUCCAACAUUUUGUUGGACGAGAAUUAUGUUGCUAGAGUCUCAGACUUUGGGUUGUCCAAAUUGGGUCCCACCAGCAUGUCCCAAACCCAUGUCAGCACUGUGGUAAAGGGUAGUUUCGGGUACUUAGAUCCAGAAUACUAUCUUAGGCAGCAACUGACUGAGAAAUCUGAUGUGUACUAAUUUGGUGUGGUGUUGUUUGAGGCACUAUGUGCUAGGCCACCUGUAAUCCAAAACUUGCCAAAGCAGCAAGUUAGCUUGGCAAAUUGGGGUCGCAUUUGUUGUCAAAGGGGAACCCUUGAUCAAAUUAUAGACCCAUAUUUGACAGGUGAGAUUGCACCUGAGUGUUUGAAGAAGUUUGGUGAGAUUGCUAAGAGUUGUGUAAGUGACAAAGCAAUUGAAAGGCCAACAAUGAGUGAUGUAGUUUGGAGCCUUGAAUUUGCUUCGCAGCUUCAGGACACUACAGAGAAGACUAAUGAUGGGAUGAAGAAGGUUCAAAAAAGUGAGGGGAAAGAGGUUGUUUCCACCGAUGAUGAGAUAUUUAGUGGGUCAAGUGAACAAGUUUCAAAAUCAAGGAGCACCAUGUGCAGUGAUGGUUAUAGUUUUGCUAUAGGUGACUUCAGUAUCGCAAGUUCUAAUAAUCUUCUCUCAGAGAGUUUGGAUUCAAAGGAUGACAAUGUCAAAUAGACAGGGGUGUAUCGUACCUUUCUUUGAUGAAAGAUGUUGUCGUACUUUAAUUGUAAAAACUUUUCUUAGGAAAUAAAAAUUCAGAACAUCAAGUUACAAUUA